AUGGUGAAGCUGUUCACCUCCAGCUCUGCUCUCCAGUCGUUCAGGUAUCCAGCUCCAAACGUGAUUCAGAAGCACAGUCGCCACUCGCGACCUUAUGGUGAGGAAAGGCGUUCUACAGAAAACACCCGGCGAGGCGCCGCCCUCCGAUUCAGGGUCGGCAUCCGCCCCGGUUCCCGGCCCACCCCGCGCUGCGGGCGGGCACCGGGCCGAGCCCGGCGGGCCAGCCCUCACGGCUGGCCCGAGAUCCGAGCCCCCGGAGCGCCCGUAGCCGCCGCUCAGUCCCCACCACAGAACAAAAGCGCUCGCCGCCGCACACGCAGCCCCCGCCCGCGGGCACUUGGGCUGCCGGCACCCCCGCCCAGCCGAGAACCCGACGAAACGUGCGAAUGCCAGCGGGAACCAAGCCCCCCACUUACCUACCAGAGCCGGACCCAACCGGAGCGAGCCGGGAAAACGCAGCUCCUCUCGGCCCCGGAGUUUAAGUCAACUCGGCUCCGCCCCCAGGGGCGGGUCGAGGUGGAGGCCCACUCCCGGAAAGCCAACCCCGCCCCGGCGCAACGGCAGGAGCGAGACCCGGGGGUACCGGGUACCGGGGUCCUAGUGCCGCUCGGAUGA